GCCGGAGGGCGGGGCCAGCGCGCAGCACGGGUCCCGCGGGCCGAGUUCGCCGGCGUCCGCCUGCUAGGCGGGCGCCGGCUACGGGCUUCGUGGCCGCGGCGGCGGACGAGAGCUUUUCGCCGGGAGGGGGCGGCGGGAGGUGGCCGCUGACCUCCGCCGCUCCGCAGUCGGCCCCUGUGCGCACCUGGCCCAGCCGCUACACAGGGAGGGCACCAGAGCCCAAGCUCCGCGCCAGCGACGCCAGGCGGCCGGCCCUCUACAGCGACAGGCCCCAGCGCCCCAUCCCGACCACCCCUCGGCACCUCCGUGCCUGCCUCUUCCCGCUGCACUUGACUUCUCCCACCCACCCCGCCUGCCCCUCAGCCUGCUGCCACGAGACGCAGGCUGGACUAGGCCUCCAGGUUUCAGAUGUGAAUAGGCAGGGCCAAAGGGACACUACAGAGCACGGGACAACUGGCAGCAGAGUUCUGGAGAUUGAACCCUGAGCCUACACACCGAGCUAUACCCAGCCCUUUGGGAAAGCCGUGCCCUUGAGGCAGGCAGCAUGGAACCAGCACAGCCCAUGGACCCUUCUCAGGAGGAGCCCACAGCACCGACAGGGGCACUCUCCUGAGCUGCAGAGGGCUGGGCACCGUGUCCUCAGGCGAGAGCUAUGCUGUGGGGGAAGGGCAAGGGCCCCCAGCAGGCCGGCCAGGGCCUGGCAGGAGGAGGCUUGGGCCCGUUGAGCGUGCUGGGAGCCGUCCUGCUGCUCCUUUGCCUUCCACAGGGGACCCAGAGCACAGCCAUUGCCAAUGUCAGCACUGCUCUGGGCCGCACAGUGCCCCUCGCGGGGGGCCGCUACCUGAGCAUUGGGGAUGGCUCUGUGGUGGAGUUUGAGUUCCCCGAGGAGAGUGAGGGCAUCAUUGUGAUCUCCAGCCAGUACCGGGGCCAGGCCAAUGGGACCUUGACCAGCCCCACCCUAAAGGUCACAUCCCUGGACACGGAGGUGCUGACUAUCAAGAACGUGAGUGCCAUCGAGUGGAGCGGCGGGGGUGGCUUUGUGGUGAGCAUCCACUCAGGCCUGGCUGGGCUGGCGCCACUGCGAAUCCAGCUCGUGGACGCUCGUGAGGCCCCGCCCAUGCUGAUCGAGGAGCGGGCAGAUUUCUGCAUCAAGGUCUCGCCAGCAGAAGACACCCCUGCUGCGCUCACCGCUGACCUGGCCCAUUUCUCAGAGAACCCGAUACUCUACCUGCUCUUGCCGCUCAUCUUUGUCAACAAGUGUUCAUUUGGGUGCAAAGUGGAACUCGAGGUCCUCAAGGGGCUCCUACAGAGCCCCCAGCCCGUGCUGCUGGGCCUCCUGGGCCAGUUCCUCAUCAUGCCUUUUUACGCCUUCCUGAUGGCCAAGGUCUUCAUGCUGCCCAAGGCCCUGGCUCUGGGCCUCAUCAUUACCUGCUCGUCACCCGGUGGUGGGGGCAGCUACCUCUUUAGCCUUCUUCUUGGAGGGGAUGUCACGCUGGCCAUCUCCAUGACUGUCAUCUCAACAGUGGCCGCCACUGGGUUCCUGCCACUGUCCUCUGCCAUCUACAGCCACCUGCUCAGCAUCCACGAAACACUGCAUGUGCCAGUCUCCAAGAUCCUGGGCACCCUGCUGUUCAUUGCCAUCCCCAUAACUGCAGGCGCGGUGAUCAAGUCCAAGCUGCCCAGGUUCUCCCAGCUACUGCUGCACGUCAUCAAGCCCUUCAGCUUCGUGCUGCUGCUGGGUGGCCUCUUCCUGGCCUACCGUAUGGGGGUCUCUAUCCUGGCAGGAGUCAGGCUGCCCAUCGUCCUGGUGGGCCUCACAGUGCCCCUGGUGGGCCUCUUGGUGGGCUACUGCCUGGCCACCUGCCUGAGGCUGCCGGUGGCACAGAGGCGAACAGUAAGCCUCGAGGUUGGGGUUCAGAACAGCCUGCUGGCUUUGGCCAUGCUGCAGCUGUCCCUCCACCGCCUCCAGGCAGACUAUGCCUCCCAGGCCCCCUUCAUUGUGGCACUGAGUGGGACCUCUGAGAUGCUGGCCCUGGUCAUCGGCCACUUCAUCUAUAGCAGCCUGUUGCCAGUCCCAUGAGGCCACGGCCUCUCUCCCUGCCCACUGUCCCCAGGUUUCUGUGUACCAAAGGCCUUUAGUUCUCAUGCACUAUGCACUCAGACCAAUCCAGGCUUAUUUUUUUUACUGGUUUUUUAUUCUUCAGCUUUCAGUGCCAAAGAGGCCAUACUAAGUUAGGUAGGUGGGCAGUGCCCAGAAAAAUAUAUUUCAAUAAAAGAAAGGCACAAGC